CAUGGCGGAUGGCCCCAGGUGUAAGCGCAGAAAGCAGGCGAACCCGAGGAGGAACAACGUGACUAACUACAAUAAUGUGGUGGAGGCCGGCUCAGACUCAGAUGAUGAGGACAAGCUGCACAUCGUGGAGGAGGAAGGCAGCCUGGCGGACGGGGCCGACUGCGAAAGCACCCUGCCAGACGAGGAGCACCCCAGGGAGCGCUGCUGGGAUGGAGUGAAGGAGGAUUGUGUGUCAGACGCUGAGGAUGAUGGGAGCACAGAUGCCCUCAUGGAGGAGAUGCUCCAGCAAGGAGACACGGCCGUCAUCUACCCAGAAGCCCCAGAGGAUGAGCCUCAACGUCAGGGCACCCCUGAUGCCAGCGUCCAUGAUGAGAAUGGAACUCCUGAUUCCUUCUCUCAGCUGCUCACCUGCCCGUACUGCGCACGUGGCUACAAGCGUUACAGCUCCCUGAAGGAGCACAUCAAGUACCGGCACGAGAAGACCGAAGAGAGCUUCAACUGCCCCGAGUGCAGCUACAGCUUCGCAUACCGCGCUCAGCUGGAGAGGCAUAUGACGGUCCACAAGAGCGGAAGGGAUCAGAGACACAUCACACAGUCGGGAGGCAAUCGUAAAUUCAAGUGCACUGAAUGUGGCAAAGCAUUUAAAUACAAGCACCAUCUGAAGGAGCACCUACGCAUCCACAGCGGAGAGAAACCCUAUGAGUGCUCCAACUGCAAGAAGCGCUUCUCCCACUCAGGCUCAUACAGCUCCCACAUCAGCAGUAAGAAGUGCAUCAGCGUCAUCUCAGUUAACGGCAGACCGCGCUUAGGGAACGCCAAAACCCAGACCCAGGGUCCAUCACCAGUGCUGCCCACGCCACCCUCAGUCCUCCGCACCCAGAUUAGAGAGAAGCUGGAGCACAGCAAGCCCCUGCAGGAGCAGCUGCCAGUCAAUCAGAUCAAGACUGAGCCUGUGGACUACGAGUACAAGCCCACGUUGAUAACGUCGCCAGCAAUGGCCGCCAUGAACGGUGGGGUUUUCAAUGGAGGUGCCGCAGCUCCUCUGCAGGGCACAGUGCAGGCCGUGGUCCUGCCCACUGUGGGGCUGGUGUCGCCCAUCAGCAUCAACCUGGCAGACCUGCAGAAUGCUCUCAAAGUGGCGGUGGACGGUAAUGUCAUCCGCCAGGUGCUGGAAAGCAAUGCCAAAGGCCAGGGGCAGGUGAACUCGGGGUUAACCACUGGAAUGCUCCAUCCCGCACAGCAGCAACUCAUCUCAGCCAUCAGUCUGCCAAUUGUGGGUCAGGACGGAAAUGCAAAAAUUAUUAUAAACUACAGUUUGGACCCCAACCAGGGCCAGCUUACAGCCCAUAACCUGAAGAAAGAGCCUGAGCCAACAUCACCAGGCCAGGCCACCACUGACACCUUCAAGUCCCAGAAACUCCCAGAGGAUCUAACCAUCAAAGGCACCAGGCCCAUUGAGACUACAGAUAAAGAGGAAAAGACCACUAAAACUUGUCUCCUGUGUGAUAACUGUCCCGGUGGGCUGGAAGCACUCCAUGCCCUCAAGCACUGCAAGAAGGAUGGUCUCAGGCUAAACGGAACAAGCCUGGAUAAGUCUGAGUCUGCUGUUGCUGCCCUGCUGUCAGAGGGAGGACUCUGUAACCAGCCCAAAAACCUCUUGUCCUUGCUCAAGGCUUACUUUGCCUUAAAUGCAGAACCCACCAAGGACGAGCUGGCCAAGAUCUCUGACUCAGUCAGCCUGCCAAUCCAUGUGGUUAAGAAGUGGUUUGACAAAAUGCAGGAGGGUCAGAUAUCACUGGGCGCCCCAACACCUCCGUCAGAGGAAGAGGACACCUGUGAAGCUAACAGUGUGGUGUCUCUGGUCCCAGGGAAGGACAUAGCCAAUAUGAGCCCCUCUGUGACCCAGGACAGCCCUACAGAGGCCACCCCGGCGGAGGUCAAUGGAGCUCACAGCUCACCUGCCUCUCCCUCACCACUAAACCUGACAGCUGGCGGUCCCGUCCCGGCCCAGCCUCACCAGAGCACUGAGGGACCCCUAGACCUGUCGCUGCCAAAGCCCGCCAGAGAGGAAGCGGAGAGAGUUGUGGCAAAAGCCUGCAUUUACACCUCCUCUCCCUCUGGCUCUACCAAUGCGGAAGAACCCCUAAACUUAACUUGCACAAAGAAAGAGGCAUCGCCACUCUCAGCCAUGGGCAGCAGCCCCAUCGCACUGUACGCCAGCCAGCCAGGUGCCAAACCCCUCGACAUUGUGACCACAAUGCAAUGCCUAAGGGCACUAGCCACUAACAACAAACAGACUGUCCUGAUCCCCCAGCUGGCUUACACCUAUACCACUACAGCAAACAGCCCUUCUGGGACUGAGACGCAGGAAACCAUCCACCUCAACGGAGUGAAGGAGGAGAGGCAGGAUACCGGCUCAGAGGGCGUGUCCACCGUGGAGGAGCAGAACGACUCCGACUCAGGCCCCUCGAGGAAGAAGAUGAAGAAGACGGACAGCGGCAUGUAUGCCUGCGACCUGUGCGACAAGAUCUUCCAGAAGAGCAGCUCGCUGCUGAGACACAAAUACGAACACACAGGGAAAAGACCUCAUGAGUGCGGCAUCUGCAGCAAGGCCUUCAAACACAAACACCACUUGAUCGAACACAUGCGGCUCCACUCGGGGGAGAAGCCAUACCAGUGCGACAAGUGCGGCAAGCGCUUCUCACACUCGGGCUCCUACUCCCAGCACAUGAACCACCGCUACUCCUACUGCAAGAAGGAGACGCAGAGCCAAGGCGGCGGCCGGGAGAGCCCCGAGGAGGAAGUUGAUGCCCAGGCAGAGAUGGAGGCGCUGAACCGGCUGCAGCAGCACCUGGCCGCCUCCCAGCUGGACCUGGACGAGCGAGGGAGCAGCACCAGAGAGGACGAGGAGAGCGAGGAAGAGGAGGAGGGCGCGGUGGACAUGGAUGACAUCCAGGUGGUGCAGAUAGGGGAUGAAGGAGGGGAUGAGGAGGAGGAGGAGGAGGAAGAGAGGAAUGAGGAGGAGACAGAGAGAGUAUUGAUGGAAGGAGAGGGAGAGGAGGAGAAGACAGAGAUGGAGGUGAAAGAGGAAGAAGAGGAGACUGACACGAGGCAGGAGGAGGUGCAAGGGAGCAUUCAGGAGGAGGAGGAGGAGGAGGUCAAGAUGCAGGACGAGGAGGCGAUGGAUACAGAAGAAGGGGUGACGGAAGAGGGGGAAGCAGAGGGGGAGGCGGCGGAGGAGAGCGGAGGCGAAACAGACAGGAACGCGGUUUCUGAAGAGCAGACGCCGCAGGAGAAAGGAGAUACGGACUAAAAGAGGAAUCAGACUCCUCCACGAGACACAAUCAGAUUCCUCCUCUCCCCGAGCAGAGGAAGAACGCAGGAGAUGAUGUCCGGUCACUCUGACAGUUCCUUUCAGUUCACUACUGUGUAGAAAUCCAGGUGUGCCUGAAAAAAUACUAGUGACUUUUCCGCAGGAGAACUGUUUCUCACUGUUAGAAAAAUUUGUAAAGAAAAAGAUGAAGACGAACACAAAUUUUAACAAGCGAAGGAAAUGCAUUAUACAGACUUUGGAAGCUAGAGCCGACACGUUUUAGAUAAUGUUUUAUUACUAAAACACCUUGGGUCAUUUCUUUUUAUCAGUGUUACUAAUUUUAUCACUCAUAUUUUAACCUUUAAAAGCUGUACAGUUGGGAGAUAUUUCUAUACCUUUGUAUUGCCAAUGAACAAAAAAGUCAGUAUUUUAUUAAGUUGGAAGGAAAAUAAGAAAAAAUCCUGUGCACUACAAGUGGCUUGGUUUACCUAUGGAUUGAACAGUUAAGUUGUGUUGUCUACCCUUCAGUAUUACCGCACUAGAUAUACCAUCACGCUAGCAGAUGUUAGCAUUACAUUUCUUUUUGAUGUUCUUUUGAUUGGAUUGUGAGCCUUAAGAAGAAAAACAAUGAAGAGCGGACGCCGGGUCUUUUCAGUCAUUCACUUUUUUUUUUAGACUUUUAGACUCAUUGUUGUCAGAGUUUCUUUACAAAUCAGUGUUUUUUAGUUAAUAGUUUGACAUUUUGGGAAAUAUACUAUCUAGUUAUUUUCUUGGUGAGAGGUAGAUAAGAAGAAUGGACUCAACAGCACACUGCUGCUUAGUUUAGUCAUCUGUCUAUCACUAGCUAGCUUAGCUUAGCUUAGCUUGGUUUAGCUAAGCAUGAGGGGGUGAGAACAAAAUGAAACAGCUAGCUAAAGCUUAUCUAAAGCUAGCAGUCAUUUCCUGCCGGCAGUAAAUACAUAACAGUGUAUUUUGGACUUCCAUACAGAGUGAGGUUGCUAUUUUCCCCCUAUACAUAUAUGCAAAACAAAGCUAAUCAUCUCUUGGCUCAGGCUGGUCUACUAAAAAUUACGUUUCCAUACAACCAAACUGCAUUGUCAAUUAUGUUUUUGAGGGAGACGUAUUGCAAAUAUAUUUUUAAUCAAAGCAAAGUCUGUAUAAUUUUGCAUGGGGAGGAGUCCAGAGUAAAUGGCUGGGUCAAAAAACAGAGGACACUGCUAUUCAUAGGUUUGGGUGACAUGGCCAAAUCUUCUAUCCUGAUUAAAUAUAUAUAUCACAAGAUUGCAUGUUUUCUGAAAAUUCCAGUUAAUUAGAAGUCUGUAUAAAAUAACCACACGGUAAAGAAUAUUUUUGUAUACUCCAUACUUCAUGUUAGCAAAACAGCGCUGCAGUUCGGCCAACUGAUUUUGAUGGCCACAGUUAAGUUAACUUGCAUUACACAUUUGUUCCUAAAUGUAACCAAGUAGCUAUGUUUCAAUUCACAACUUUUAACCACGUUUAAGACUGCAAUUGACCGUAAUCUGGGAAAAAAUAUAUUUUCCUCAAAACGCAAUUUAUAAUGCAGUUUUGUUGUUGUGUGGGAAUGUUGUUUGCUAGGAGAUAGGGUUGCCAGUGUGUAGCUUUAUACCCAAGAGUAAGAUCAAGCUCUUUGUCUGAUUUUCAUCUAGAAAUCAAAUAAGUGUCUUUCCUUAAGAAGUCAAACUAUUGCUUUAAAUGUUCAGAGCGAGCAGAAAGGGGAUGUAGAAAACUGUCUGGCCCUCCCUAUGCCUACCCACCCCCCCACCCCCACUCCGAGCCAUAUGCAAAAAAAAUUAAACAGAAAUAAGAAAAUCAUGCAUAUCAAAAGUGCCAUUGAAUUUUGCUGUUGAAGCCUAGCAGCUGUGAUCAGGUAUUGCCGGGUCCCAGAUCAACCUAUAAGCCGGAAUACUGUUGACUUUUGAGAGGGCAGAGUUUAGCCUACCACAUAUUCAUGUAUCCUAGAUUUUAGACAGGUUGCUUUUAUUUCCAAUGUGAGCAGCUAAAAGAAUUACAAUGCACAUAUGUUCAAAUGGAUGAUGAAGUAUGAUUUCUAAUUGUGUCCUGCCUUUUCAAAGCUUAUUCGGUGCACUUGUUUAACACACCAUGAAACGCUCAGAUGUCUGUUCAGGUAACAAAAUGUAGGCAAAUAUGAACCCCAGGAGUUUAAUUCAACCGUGUUUUUACCUGUCAGUAUUAUUUUUGUCUUUUCUGUUGUUUUCUGUUCGUUUUCUGUGUGUGUACUGUAUGUUUUCAGCAAUGGCAGUAUUAUCCCCACCCCCAAGGAGAUGGGUUUGUCUGUUUAGUCAUAGAGAACUUUUAUAUUUAUGUGUCUUAUUUUUUAUAUUUCUUUAUGGUUAUUUAUUACACUAUGUAGUGUACAAUACUGUAGUUUGUAUUAAUACGAUAAUAUAUUUUAGUAUGGGAAAACAAAAGAUUCAAAGGCAAAUAACUACAAGCCUGGAAAAAUGAGACUCCGGCAUACUGAAGUAUGUUUUUCGAACAAACAAAAUGAUGUUUUUCCUCAAAAAAAAAAAAAAAACUCGCACCCUGCAAGCCUGAAAAUUGGAACCUGUGACCUCUGUGCAUCCAUUCUCAUGUUAGUUUUCUUUCCCCUCUCUAAUAUGAAGCUACUGAACUUUUGAAAACUAAUCGUAUGUCUAAUAGCAUGAGUGUGUGCUGUUCUAUUGAAGGAUUAUCCUUAACCACACAAACUGUCCUUUUUGCCAAGCCAAAAUAAUAUUGACGUUUGUUCUUAUGUUUUUAUUUGUGCCAAUUUGUUACUUUAUAUGUCAUUGUCAAGACCGCGCCCACUUUUAUAUGCCCCUCCCCCUUUAACACCCUCAUCUUUUUUUUUAUAGUGAUUGUUUUUUCUUUGUUUUCUUUUAUUUUGUUCAUUUUUUAUGACUCCCCAUCUCACAAUAAAAUA